GAAGAGUGGAAGAAACUGGGCUUGGAAUUGGAGUAAGAUGGUCAAUAUUCUAAUAGGUUGCACCGGCAGCGUGGCCACAAUAAAGCUGCCACUUCUGGUUAAUAGUUUGUUAGGCUUGCAGCAUCUCCAAAUUAAAAUUCGCAUUGUAGUCACUGAACGCGCUAAACACUUCUUCGAUCAGAAGGACAUCCAUCCUGAUGCGGAAGUGUUCAGCGAUUCUGACGAGUGGGCUGGGUGGACUAAAAGAGGGGAUCCAGUGUUGCACAUUGAAUUGAGCAAAUGGGCCGAUGUUUUUGUUAUUGCUCCUUUGGACGCAAACACGUUGGCUAAAAUUGCAAACGGAUUGUGUGAUAAUCUUUUAACUUGUACUGCUAGGGCUUGGGAACUGUCUAAGCCAUUAAUUUUUUGUCCCGCUAUGAAUACCAAAAUGUUUCAACACCCGCUCACUGCAACUCAGAUUAGUACGUUGAUUUCGUGGGGUUAUAAAGAAGUGCCUGUUAUUGAAAAGACUCUAAUGUGUGGGGACACUGGUGCUGGCGCUAUGGCUGAAGUUGUCACCAUUGUUGAAGUCAUCCAAAGUUUUGCCCCCAUCAAACAUUACUAGUUUUUUUGUUCGUUAGUUUUAAAUAAAUAAAUAAAUUGAUAUGUUGCA